AUGACCGACACUGAAAUUCUUCAACGAAUGAAUGAGUUGGACAUCAUUCACAACAAUUUGCUCCAAACAUUACAGAAAGCCAUUCAAGAUCUUGAGCUUUUAAGUAGCACAGAGCAAAGUAACAAUGAGGACACUAUCUCUUCCCGAAGUGAAGAUGUUUCUUGGCAGAGUUUGGCUUUUCCGUUUCAUGAAAAACUUCGUCAAGAUCAAUUAGCACCAUUUCAAAGCACGUGCAUGCAAGCAUUGGAAAAGAGCAAGAAAUUGCCAACAUUUGAAGAGGGACAGCAAGUAAUGAAAUUUCUGUUGAACUCAAUGCAGAUACAUUUUGCAGGUGAUGAAAGGAAUCACUAUCUUUCGAAUGUGGUUGAUGCCACUGACCUAUGUGGUUCCAAUACCAUGAUUCUAAUGCAUACUCUUCAUGAAUCACACUCGAUUCGUGAUUCCCAACAACCUGCUGUAGAUUUUGUUGUGUUGGUGCAAGAGGAAGUCACCCACAACACCAUCGAAGAUAAUCUCUCUCUGUACAAGACCAAAAUCAACUCAAAGAAUCAUUCUUGCAUUGGAAAUGUAGUCGUGAGAAAUCAAAGACUCUCUGAAGCAUGCUUAUCUGAAAUGCAUUUAAGAAAGGAUGCUUCCAACGACAAUGUGAAAGUUCAACUCUUCAUGCUCGAUGCAACUCAUGAUGCACCUGAAAGUAUUUCUGCACAAGUGGAUCAAGUAUUCAAGGGGUUUGUCUUGGACCUUGGCGAUCGUCGUGCAUCAUAUUCCACAUCACACAAGGUUUGCUUACUUGCCAAAGUGAAGUCAGAGUAUUGUGAAAAGCUUUUAACCAUUUCUGAUUCCAAUAAGGACUUGUCCAAGAAAUCAAGAAGAGUAUAUUCUCUUGUCAUGGCUGACUGUAAAUAUAUUUUGGUGUUUCCAAGUCCGAGAGAGGUGAAGGAUGAUUUAAUGAUGAAGCCAAGUCAAGGAGGGAUCAACCAUAAUAGACAAAAGUACCAUCAUCGUGAUGAGAAUAUUUCAAGAUAUUCCAACAAUCACCAUUCCUAUUACCACCAACAUCAGCCUUCGGAUUCAAGAAGACCUUCCUACCAAGAUGAAUACGAGAAUACAAGGAAAAGAAACUAUGAAUUUAAUCAGAAGGAUUUCAGAAGCAACCAUCAUUAUGGUUCUUCUCAGCAGCGCAAGAACAGAAACGAUCGGGAUGAAAAGAAACGCAAGUAUUAA